AUGAAGGUGGACACCAACGUCAGUACCAGCCAGAUGGAUCAGAACUGGACCCGGUACAUGGUGAUGUGCGACCGGAAGGAUAUCCGGCAAUCGGCCAACUUCCAGGAGGAGAACGAAGUGCAAGCAACCCUGGUCGGUAACAAGACACUGGCUAAGCAGUACGAGAUACAGAAUCCAGUUGACCGUGGCACUCAGAGCACGAGGUGGAUACUGAACACGCCCGUGUGGACGGUACACAAUCGGUUGGUGCACACCGGCAUUACGCAUGUGGAGGGCGGUUGGCCCAAAGAUAUUGACUGCUUCCGUGACGAGGAGCUGAUGACCCGAUAUCGCCGGAAGCAGGAGAAAAGCGAAGCUUACGUACAGCAGUUGCGAGGUCUCACCAGGACGAUGGAUCAUGCAAUUAUGCAGAACAAUGCCUGCAACAUCUACCAGAACUAUUUUGAGGACAUUGAGCAGCACGAGCUGAUCGAACAGUUUACGUCGAAAACGGUACACGUGUACAAGGACUAUCUGGAAGAGAAGCGCUCCUGCACGUACAUUUGCUGGUCGGAUGAAGGAAACCAUUUCGCUUCGGCACACUGUAACAUUGGACAGCGCCGUGGAGCCAUUACCGAUUGUUACAUCUGGGAUAUUGAGCAUCCAAACAGUCCACUGCAGAAGCUGUACCCGCCCUAUCAGACGCGCUGUUUGGAGUAUAACUUUAAGGAUCCUACCCAGAUGGCCGGUGGAUUGUUUUCCGGACAGGUGGCAAUCUGGGAUAUACGAGCUUCCGGGACCCCAGUGGAGACGACCCAGCGUGAGGCGAGCCACAACGACGUGGUGACGCGUGUGCUUUGGACGAGCUCAAAGACAACGAACGAGUUCCUUUCCGGUUCGACCGAUGGGCGUAUCCUGUGGUGGGACUUGCGCAAUCUUGCCGAACCGUACGACUUUCUCAAUCUAGCGCCGAAGGAAGCGAAGGGUCGGGAGGAGGACCCGCGUCACUGCUUCGGUGUGUGCGCGGUGGAGUUUGAACCGACCAUGCCGAACAAGUACACGGUCGGGACGGAGAAUGGCAUGAUUUACAGCUGCAGCCGCAAGUAUAAAACGCCGGCUGACAAGAUACAGUCGAAGAUCUACGCACAUACGGGACCGAUCUACUCGGUGGAACGAAAUCCACUGUUCAUCAAGAACUACAUCAGUGUCGGUGACUGGCAGACGAAGAUCUGGACGGAAGAUUGUAAGGAUAACCCGAUCGUGUGGACGAAGGAGUACGCGGUUCAGUUGACGUGCGGUAUAUGGAGCCCGACCCGUUGCUCGUUGGUGUUUAUCUGCCGGAUGGACGGCGUGAUGGAUGCAUGGGAUGUGAUACAUCGGUUGGAUGGGCCGGUACUGCGUCUGAAGUUGUCCGACGCACCGCUCUGGUCUGUGCGGGUCCACAAGGCGGGUAAGCUGAUCGCGAACGGGACGGACAACGGGGCCAUCUAUCUGACGGAGAUCUCCGACAACCUGACGUUCAGUUCGGCCAACGACAAACCGGCACUGUCCGGAAUGUUGGAGCGUGAGAUGCGUCGCCAGCGGUUGCUCGAGGCUAAGAUCAAGGAGAUCAAGCUGAAGGAGAAGGAACUCGAGCGGGAACGUAUGAGGCGCCAGCUGCGCAUGGACAACGCGAACUCGAUUGAGGAGGAGGAAAAGGAUCUGGUGGCAGACGCGAUGCAUCAGUUCUGGACAAAAAUUCACGGCCGCAAGAGUCUGAAGAACACGCUCAAGGGUAUCCGGAUGCGGGACACGGGCGUCACGCUGCUCGCCAAGGACAAGAAAGCGAAAAAGGAAAAGCGCUAA